AUAUAUAGAAAUGACAAAGGAGUAAUUGCAUAUGGGAGUUGUAUUAGGUGAUUUCCCAACCACAUUUGAAAUUUUCAAAUCAGGAUUCAGGAUUCCAACAAGUGAGAUGCUACUCCCACGCAUAGACAGAAAAUAGAAUAGAACGUGUGCAAACUUCAAAACCACCAAAACAAACAAACCUAGAAAUUAAUCAACUUCAAUCAUAUUGCAGCAGCAUGGACAAAUGGUUUCUUUUGUUGUUCAUCAUUAUCUCCCUUGAAUUUCUGAGUGGGAUUGGAGAUGGAGGAGAACACAUGGCCCAAAACAGGCAAGAGAAGCCACCUUUUGCAAAGAUGGUUCUUGACAAACUUAGCACCUUGAAGAAAUCCCAUCAAAAUUCUUUGGAAAAACUUAAAUCCAUCGUUCAUCGCUUUCAGUUGCAGUAUUUUCCUCCAAAUUUAGAGGGUUCAGAUGAUGAAGGGAAGAGUCAAGAUGGAGGAAAGAUGAAGGAGGAGGCCGGAAAAAGCUUCGAAGUGAGCAAAAUGACAGCUGAAGAAUCUGGUAAAUCGGCAGAAAAAGUGGUGGGAGAAGCAGCGGAUAAGGUGAAGGAUAAAUUGUCUCGUGAUGAUGAGGAGAAGUCUCAUCCUCAUGAAGAGCUUUAAAUGAAUUUUAUUUUGGAUAAUUUCAGUAAAGCAUGCUCUGUCACUUCUUGUUAAUCUGUACCAAUCCUUUUUUUAUAUCUUCUCAACUUCUGCUUAGUUGAGUUUUUCUCAGAAUGUUUUUAUCUUGUUAAUUUUCAUUAGAUUUCUAUUAGAAUUAAGAAAUUUGAGACUUUA